CCUUCGCGUGUCCGACAAGUUCCCAGUACUACUGACCACGGAGCACGGCCAGGUGUAGGAGAAUCUCGACCUGUCCACUGCUGGUGUGUGAAAGCGUACCAUCCAAGCGUAGAGUCGACACACAAUGGCAGCUAAUGCAAAAAAUCUGGACCCGGAGAAUCAAAUCAUUGCAGAGGAGUCACAUGAACGGGUUUCCAAUAAAAAAUCGGGUAUCUGUUACUCCAAAAAAUUCAUAGGAUUCUUAAUACUCAAUGUGUUGGUCGCUUACAUUGUUGUCAUAUACCUGGCGACCAAAGACCCGGAUGAUAAUGGUGACCAAGAGACAACUACCAUGAUGGCGCCGGGGGAAGCGCGAGGGGCGGACGAGGUGCACGUCAACACGGGGGCAGUGGUCAGUGACAACGUGGCCUGCUCAAACAUCGGCAGAGACUUUCUUUUGAAAGGCGGUUCUGCUGCAGAUGCUGCCGUAGCAACACUUUUUUGUAAUGGCGUCUUGACACCUCACAGUAUGGGAGUUGGCGGGGGUCUGUUUAUGGUAUACUACGAUGCCGAGUCAAAGAAAUCUGUGUACAUAAGUGGCCGAGAGAGGGCGCCACAGAACGUUCAAAAAGACAUGUAUGUCAACCAUGAGGGCUGUUUUGACGCAAAGUACAUCGCUAUACCUGGUGAAAUCAAGGCUUACUGGACACUACACAGGAAAUAUGGCCGCCUUCCAUGGAAAAACCUCGUCCAACCAGCAGUCCAUUUUGCCAGAAAUGGAUUUCAUAUAUCAAACAGUGUCGCAAAAGCCAUUAAAUAUCUAAAAGACAAUCUUCAAAUAAAUUUCAGAGAUUUUCCUUCUCUAUGUUCGGUUUUUUGUGACACUGAUGGGAACCCAGUGUCAGAGGGAGCUUUGGUCAGAAACGCUAAAUUGGCCGACUUCCUGGAGAUGAUAGGCGAGAAAGGCCCGGAUUAUCUGUAUAACAGUUCCCUGACUGACAUUGUGGUCAAGGAAAUCAACGAUCAAGUAUCCUUCAAAUUCUGGGACAGAGAGGAUCUGGAGACGUACCACGCGAAAGAAGAUUCGGCGCUGUCCGUAGAUCUAGGUCAGUGGACGCUUCACACCGUCCCCGACCCCAGCGGUGGGCCCGUGCUGGCGCUCCUGAUGAAUCUGUUCCGAGAACUGAAACUUUCUAAAAGCAUCAUGGACGCAAAUCCAGCUGGAACCUACCAUCUGAUGAUAGAAGCUACCAAGUUUGCUUACUCCUUUCGACCAAAACUUGGAGAUGGCGAUUAUGAGCCAGAUGUAAAAAACCUAGUCAAUCGUUUAGUCUCAAAGAAACUUGCAAAGGAUCUAGCUGCUCUAGUCGACCGAAACAAAACGCAUCCUGGAGACUACUAUACCAACAAUACCAUGAUGUCACAGGAAGAGCACGGGACAAGUCAUGUGUCUGUACUGUCACAGACAGGGGAUGCUUUAUCAGCGACCAGUACCAUAGAGUAUUAUUUAGGUUCCUUGUUUAUGUCAAAUAAAACUGGCAUAAUUUGGAAUAAUGAGAUGUGUGAUUUUACCCUCAAGCGAACUAAUGAAGAGGUACCGGAAGUAAAUUCUGUAAAACCCGGAAAACAGCCUUUAUCAUCCAUGGCGCCCGUCAUAUUUGUUGAUAAUCAGAGCGGGAAAGUACGGCUCGUUACUGGCGCUGCCGGUGGCACCAGAAUAACCACCACCGUGGCACAGAUUGCUGCAAGAGUGUUAUUGUUCGGUGAAUCCAUCGAAGAGGCUAUUCGUAAAAAGCGAUUUCAUCAUCACCUUUCUCCAAAUGUUCUAAUGUACGAGUUUGGAUUUCCAGAGGACAUCGUGUCACAGCUUGAGGAUACAUAUGGGCACAAAACGAAGAAAAGAGAAAGAUACAUGGCAGUAGCUGAAGGAAUUGAACGAUGUCCGGUUACAGGUCAGGUUUCUGCAUUUGCAGACGUAAGGAAACUUCCGGGUGGUGCUAGCUUUGUUCAGAAAACUAAAUUUAUCUGAUGAUCCCAUUAAUAUUUUUAUUCGAUGUUUAUAAUAUGUUUAUAAAACAUGUCUUUCGUUACUAGGCAAUAUAUUCUGUAUAAUAAUAAUUCCGAUAUUGGUAUAGAAAUGAACUGGACAUACUGUACGCAUUGUAUUUUACUAGAAUUGAUUGAUUUAUUUGAACAUAUAUCAUAAAAAUACAUAAAUACCUUUACUUUGAGAAUUAAAUUAUAAAACUUCGAA